CCCCCGUGGAGCCGGCGGAGUGAAAGAGGAGCCUCGCGGUCCGCAGACGGUCUCAGGAGCUGGAUCACGGUUCAGAGGUGUUCAGGGUCCCCUUCAGAUGACUUCCGGUAAUGAAUCCUCUUCUCCUGCUCACCGCUCUGCUGUCUUGUUGUCCAGGAGACACCUUGGUUCAUGGUCCACCAGAGACGGUCCUGGCUUUGGCGGGCGGGGACGUAACUCUGCCCUGCAGCUUCAGCAUCAAGGCCAGUGAUGACUUCCCAACAGUAGAGUGGUCCAAGGAAGGCCUGAAGCCAAACGUGGUCUUCUUGUACCGCAAUGGCGGCGAGACGCCCGAGAUGAAGAACCCGGCCUUCCGGUACAGGACGAGCCUCAUCGUGAAGGAACUGAACAACGGAAACAUCUCGCUGAGGAUCUCCAACGUGCAGCUGUCAGAUGCUGGGAGGUACCAGUGCAUGAGGUGGUGGAGGACGGCCCCCCGGGACAUCACACCAGUGGAGCUCGUUGUGGGUGCCGUGUCUGAGCCAAAGCUGUCCGUCAGGCGAGCCGAGGGAGGAGGCGUGACCCUGGAGUGCUGCGCCCACUGCUGGCUGCCGGAGCCCCGGGUCUCCUUCCUGGACGAGCAGGGCAACGACAUCGGGGGCGACGAACCCAAAAGAGACCGAGAAGCCGGCGGAUGUUUCACCGUGAGACGCAGAGCGACGCUCCGGAACGCCGCCGAGAGGGUCACCUGCAGAGUUCACCAGGGGGAUAUCAACCAGACCAGGGACGUGGAGAUCCUCCUGCCAGUCGUUAGAAAGAAGUCGUGCAUUCUGACCGCCGGCUUCGCUGUCGGGAUCGUUUUACUUCUCGUAGCCGCGUGCUGGUUAACGUUUUUUUUGUGGAAGAGGUUUGGAAAAUCUGCGGAGGAACCGAGCACUCCAUCGUCGUCCAAUCAAAGCACGGCGGGCGGCUCCUCUGAAGGUCGGUUGCUGCUGGAGGGCGUUCGGGUCGCGGGUGAGAACAAAAGCACCAUCGUCGUCGAGAUGCUCGCGACGCAGGUGGAGGACCUCAAGCUGAAGCUCGGCCAGAAAGAAGACGCCAUCCUCCGGCUCCAGAUGGACCACAAGGCCCGGCUGGCGGCGUGCGUUACCCAGGAUGACGAGUCGGUGUCUCUUCCUGCAGCCGCCACCAGAACGCCCGGCUACAUACCCCCGAGCAGGAGGCGGGGCUUCUCGCGCCAGAGCAGCCAUCCUGUCCGCGCCCCCCCCGUCGACAGAGCCGACAGAACCAAUCGCAGACACAGCAUGCCGGCUCCUCUGGACCUGGCUCCUCUGGACCUGGCGUGGUCGCCCGGUUCCCACGUCGACCGUUCGAUGUCCGACCCCCGGGCUUUCGGGCCCGGCCAGAGCGCCAAGCUUCCGCGGUCACGUUCCUCCUCCGGGUUUCCAUCUAAUCAGCACUACACACUCCUGGGGAAUGUGGCGGAAGACUCCGAGAUGUUGAUCGCAUGAGUGAAGGCGAAAAGCUUCAUUCUUGGAUGUCCCCCGAAACGUGAGGAAAUACCAAAACAUAACUACGUGCAAGAAAUCUUAUUUUAAUAGAUAAUUCUAUCUGGCAAAGUCGAAUAUGUCCCUCCAGGUGUCGUAACGGUGAAUGGUAAAUUAUGGUAAUAGUUGUUUAAUAGUUGUUUAAUAGCCUUCCACCCAGGAGGCCUCUGCUCAUGUCGGCCUCCUCUUCUUACGUAACUCACCUACUUACAGCUGUAAUGUGACCGGCCGCCUGCUCCACUUUCUCUUUAUCAAUAAAUGUGUCAGAAAAUGUCCUUUUGUGUAAAUUAUUUUGCUCUUUUUUUUUAUAUCUUUCCAAAAUCUGGCAAGUAUUUGUUAUUAUUAUGUUAUAGGCGCUUAAAACAGUGUGUAAAAUUACUCCAUGUAUAUGUGUCCAUGUUACAGGCUUUCUCACCACUGAUUUUUACUAUUACCUAACAUUACAUUAUUAUUAAUGUACCGCAUAUCAAUGGAAAGCUCCGCUUAUUAAACGCUCGAAAAAUAACUAACAGUUUGUUUACAUUUCUACAGGUAACCUUUUAUUUAAUAACUUUAUUGCAUAUUGUAGUAACUUAUGAUAACAUGUCUGGAGUUUGUAUGUAUGGGCUAUUUUUUAAAAUAUCAAAUGUUUAAAUAGGAUGUAAAUAGUUUUUUCUUUGUUUAUGUCCACGAGUACUUUCUUUUGUUUAAUUUCAGUGCUUCAUUCACACAAAGCACUGCAUGGUGAAAUAAUUAAACAUUCAUUUCUUUAUUGUUUUUAAUCUGUCAGCAGUCCGCUUUGAAAACAUUUAAAUUCAAAUUAAUUCCAAAAUAUGUUUUUAGUGUUAAAUUCUCCAUUUAAAAGUAUAACUGUGGACCCAAUGCAAGAAGUUCAACAUUUAGUUUUUUGCCUUUUCAACGCCGCACUAAUAUUAUCUUUUUAUUGUCCAUGGAAACUCAUUGUAUCACAGAAUCAAUGUACAGGAAGUUCUUUAAUUAAACGGCUUAAACUCG